AUGCCCCUCAACCACUUGAGAAGUGUUUUUUUCUCCAAAAAGAAGAAAAACGACAAGCAUUCAAGUUUCGCUGAUAGUACAGCAUUGAUGAUGAGUCAAUCGGCUGGAUGUCGUCCCAGCACGUGGAGUCAAAACACGUGGAGCUCCAAUCACGAUGAUUUUCGCUGUCUUCGCUUUCUUGUCUGGAAUGGUGGUGCCCCCGGCUUCACGCUGACAACAUCCAGAGAGUCGGAAGCUGCAUCUACAUCGGACGAAGAUGCUGAGUUGGUAGUCGAUCGUAUCACGUCGUUAAAGGUUUGGGAAGCCGGGGUUCGUCCAGGUGAUGUAUUGGAAACCGUUUCGGGCAAGCGGGUACAUACUAUGGACACUGAGGCAGCUAUUGUGCUAGUCCAAAUGUCUAAGAGUCCUUCGAUCAUACGAUUUCGCUCGCCUAGAUUUGGAAAACGCGUGCACUUUAAUAUUCAUCUUGGACGUCAAAAACUAGGAAUUUAUUUUUCUGGAGAUGGAAGGCGUGAUGUCCCAAUCGUUACUCGUGUCAGUCAAAGUAUCCAGAAACUCAGUGAUGUUUCUACUUCCCCUCGCAUUCGUGUUGGCGACGUGCUUGUGUCAGUCAAUGGCAAGGACGCAGUCACGCUCGGACUCAAUGUAGUGACAAAAUAUCUUGAAACGUGCCCACGUCCUUUGACACUUACGUUUGAGCGCUACAAGAAAGAUGGAAGCUCUGACCACUGCUUUUAUAGCCAACCCGCAAGUGAAGAAAUGGACGAACAUUUUAGGCACUUAAACUCUCUCCGGCGUGCUGUUCCGAAAUUGGCAUUACCCGCUUUGACCCGAGAAGUUGCAAACCUUCGCAGCCGACAAUUUUUUAAUGCACUUAAAUCAAGUGUUUCCCAUUCGGCCUAUCCUCGACUUCAGCAAGCUGAUGACAAACCAAAAACCUCUGGAAGUAGUCAUGAAAUUCUGAUUACAUGGAUCGAAGGGCCUUUGGGUUUGACACUGAUUGAGGAUGACAUUUCUGGCGCUGUAAUAGUAAAUCGUUUGACUGGGAAAGGAUCAUCAGUCAAUUUGGCGCGACUGAGACACGGUUAUCAAUUGUUGUCGAUAAAUGGUGAGCGACUUAGGCGCCGCACACUUGAUGAAUUACAUCAAGAUUUGGUAAGUCUUCGAAAGCCCGUGAAACUUUUGUUUAAGUCAGAAAAAACGAACGACGAGGAAAGCUCUUCACAAGAAUGUUCCAAUCCGUUGUCUCCUAACAAUUUAUCAGAUCGUGACGUCGGGCUAAAUGAAGGUGCUCAUCGCGAAUUGGCGUCGACUUCUGUCGCAGAGUGUCCUCGCUCCCAGCAAAUACCUUCGAGUCACGUUGAGAACGAAUACGAGGUGGCUUGGACCACCUCCCAAUUAGGGCUUGAGCUUGAAUUACCUCACUCAUGGACGAGAGGUGAUUCGUCUACUAGCUGUAAGUACCCGAUUGUGCGCAAAAUUUUGAAGAAAUCCACGCUUGAUCUUCCUCCUGACGCAAUUGGGCAUUUACUAAUCUCUGUCAACAAUCAGAAAGCUUCUCGGUUAAGUACAAAAGAUUUUCGCAUGCUAUUACGACUUGCAUCCAGACCAGCAGUACUCCGAUUCCGCAGACAAGAUGGUGUUCCAGGCUUUAAGCGGACAUUCUUAUCUAAUAUUUCGACUGACCGUGGAGAAGGCAUGCACGCCAAUGACACAGCAUUUGAAUUAGUAUACACCAUUCUCUGGAGCAAGGGAAAGCUGGGCAUUCUGUUUGCCUGCUACGACGAUGCUGAUCAUCAAAACGCUGUUGGGGUCUAUGUAAAGCAUAUUGGACCUGGGCAGGCUCAAAGCUCAAAACUUGUAGCCGUUGGCGACAUUCUCAUUAGCAUAAACGGACAAAAUCUUCCUCCAAAGCCGACGUUUAAGAGGACCAUGCGUUCAUUGACUAAUUUCAAGCAGCCUGUCACGCUUGGUUUCCGUCGACUCUCAGUUGAGCGCAGUGCAAAAUAA